GCAACGGCACAAUCAUCUGGAAACAACACAUUAGACAUUUCUGCCGUCUUAUAAUUCAGUUCAAGUAUAAUGUCUCAUUUGUGGCCACUUGAGGGUACAUAGUCGAGAUACUGCAGGUGGAGAAGUCUUUGGUACAAUUUGUUGUAUUUGUAAGCAGUAAUUUGAAAUAUGGCCAGGCGUUAUGAUACACGGACUACAAUAUUUUCUCCUGAAGGACGCCUAUACCAGGUAGAAUAUGCUAUGGAAGCAAUUAGUCAUGCUGGUACAUGCCUUGGAAUUUUGGCAAAUGAUGGAAUUCUUUUGGCAGCUGAAAGGAGAAAUACCAACAAAUUGCUGGAUGAAGUCUUCUUCUCAGAAAAAAUAUACAAACUUAAUGAUAAUAUGGUCUGCAGUGUUGCUGGUAUUACAUCAGAUGCCAACGUUUUGACAAAUGAAUUGAGAAUGAUAGCUCAACGAUAUCUACUGCAGUAUGGUGAAUCUAUUCCUUGUGAGCAACUUGUAUCAUGGUUGUGUGAUGUGAAACAAGCCUAUACACAAUAUGGAGGGAAGCGUCCAUUUGGUGUGUCAAUUCUGUACAUGGGCUGGGACAGACAUUAUGGCUACCAGUUAUAUCAGUCAGAUCCAAGUGGAAAUUAUGGUGGAUGGAAGGCCACAUGCAUUGGGAACAACAGUCCAGCAGCAGUAUCAAACCUGAAGCAGGAGUACAAAGAAGGAGAAACAACACUGAAGGAUGCAAUGGUUUUGGCCAUUAAAGUCCUCAGUAAAACUCUUGACAUGACAAAGCUUACAGCAGAGAAAGUUGAAAUGGCGACUUUAACACGUGAGAAUGGAAAAACAAAGACACGUAUCUUGUCUGCCAAGGAAGUGGAAGAACUCAUCAAAGCUUAUGAGAAGGCAGAAGCUGAAGCAGAAGCUGCUAAGAGGGAACAGAAACAAAAGAGCUAGAACUUCCUUCUUAAUAAUUUUAUUUCAUUCUAAUUAUAAUAUGCUGUACUCACAGUAUGUAUUGAAUUUUUUUUGAGUAAAUUAAAUGUGUAAUAAUUU